UAAACGUGCUGGUAAAUAAAUUCGUGUUGAUUUCAACCGAAUUUCGUUUUGAGUUGCAAUUAUUCGAUAAAUUUCGGACAUUUUCUAGAUUGUUUGGAAGAAGCAGUUAUCGGGUACAAGAUUUCGUUUUUCCUCACUAUGUCAGAGCGGUUAAAUUUUACUGAGACAUUCUGCGAUCCAACAGAUAUCAACUCGGACCGACUAUUUGAAGGAAAUGCAUCUACAUUAAAACUGGACGACUUCUGCCGGUUGUGCCUGCGGCAAUGUGAAUCAGCUCGGAUGCAACCGUUGAAAGGCCAUUCCACAAAUUUCGGCUGUGAAACGGUGUCUUUUCCUGAUAUGCUUACUUACGUGUAUGGAUUACCGUCCAAUCUUUCGGAACACUUGCCCCAACAUAUCUGCGAACGAUGCAUAAAACGUCUGGAGGUGGCAUACCGAAUCUGCAGAGAGUUCAAAGAGAAAGAAACAAUGCUGCAACGAUUCUACUUCAAUGGAUCAGUGCUCAAAGGGUUGAUCCACUAUCAAAGCUUUCGAUCGGUACCACGACCUGAUGAUCUUUCAUCGAAUCGAAUGCGUACUGCAAAAAAUAGUGACCAACAGAUGCAACUAUUGGACAACAAUGACCCACUACAGUCUAACGAUGAAACUGCCAAAAUUGAUCAAACGUUUGAAAUCAGAUCGGACGGUCUGUUUCAAUGUAUGGUAUGUCCGCAAAUGUUCGAAGAUAGACAAAGUUGUAGAGAGCACUACGGCUGUCAUGAAGCUUUGCGAUUGGGACUCUACAAAUGCCAAUUUUGUAACAAAAGUUUCGGCAAGAAAUUCGAUGCUUCUCGGCAUGAACGAAGAGUGCAUAAUUUUGUGCCGGAAAAAGUAGCAUCCGCCAAAGAUUCCAGUGACAAAAACUGUGAAGAAACCCACGAAGAUAAUUCCGAAGAAAAUGCUUUCGAACAGUUGCUUCAGACGGAAGAGGUGACCAUUAAAGCGGAACCGUUUGUAAUGACUGACACGGAUGGAGAGAGUCCAAUGUCUUCGGACUCGGAUUCCGUUCUUAUCAAACCAACAGUCACACAAGCCAAAAGGAAAAAGAAUCAUUAUGUACCGGGACCAGAUGGGCUCUUCCAUUGUGCAAGCUGUAUGCGAACGUUUGCGAAGAGGAAACAAUAUUCCGAACACCUGCACGUUCAUAGUGCCCUCCGUUUGGGUAGCUAUAAGUGUGAGUUGUGCGAAAAGUUGUUCAGAAAAAGGUACCACCUGAAUCGACACGUUAACACAAUACACUUGGGUAUACGAAGGAAGACUUAAAAACGGUACGCGUACGUGGCUUUGUUCGCUUUCUACUAGUAGCUGGUAAAUAAAACUUGGAUGAGA